GAACGCAGCCAAAGUCUGUGUUUCCGCCUAUUCUUUUUGGGACGUCUCCGAUGUAUAUAUGUACAUAUCGGGCAUCGUUAAGUCAAUAUUGAACGUGCGUUUUAAGAGGUCGUAGUAUAAAAUUUAUUGAAAGAGUGAAGAGACGAAAAUGAGGAAACUAUAUAUUCUGUUUGAGCAUGCCUCUGGUUAUGCUGUGUUUUUCGUCAAACAGUUCGAGGAGAUUGGAAUGUUAUUGCCCCAGGUGGAAGAAUCCGUGACGGACUUGGCACGUUUUCGUUCCAUUGUGAGCCUUGUUAGUUUCUCAGCCUUCAAGACUGCAGUAGCUGCACUAGAGAAUAUUAACAGCAUCUCAGAAGGGAUUGUACCAGAGCAGCUGCAGGUCUUUUUGGAUUCUUGUGUGCCAAAAUCUACAGAGAAGAAUAUUGUCCUUGGUGUUUCUGAUCCCAAACUUGGUGCCAAUAUCACCGAAGUUCUGGGUAUAAAAUGUGAUCACACCAAUGGGAUUCCUGAGAUCAUGCGUGGCAUUAGAUUUCAUUUUCAUGAUUUGAUUAAAGGCUUUACUUCCCACAGUGCAUCAGUUGCACAUUUGGGACUUGGACAUAGCUAUUCCAGAGCUAAAGUGAAAUUUAAUGUUAACCGAGUGGACAAUAUGAUAAUCCAUACUAUAGGAUUAAUGGACCAAUUAGAUAAAGAUAUAAACACGUUCAGUAUGCGCAUACGAGAAUGGUAUGGCUAUCACUUUCCAGAAUUAGUGAAAAUAGUUCCAGAAAAUCAUAUGUAUGCAAAAAUAACACAGGUGAUAAAAAAUAGGAAGGAGCUUACAGAAGAAAAGUUGGAAGCUCUUGAAGAAACUGUUAUGGACAGUGCAAAGGCACAGGCGAUCAUUGACGCAUCCAAGUCGUCUAUGGGUAUGGACAUUAGUCUGGUCGAUCUUAUGAAUAUCCAGAUAUUCGCUGAACGCGUUGUUUCUCUGGCCGAAUACCGCGAGCGUUUAGCUCAAUAUUUGCGAAGCAAGAUGUCGGGAGUUGCACCGAAUUUGGCAUCUUUGAUUGGCGAUCAAACAGGUGCCAGAUUGAUCGCGCACGCUGGAUCGCUCACCAAUCUCGCCAAAUUUCCAGCAUCAACUGUCCAGAUUUUGGGCGCAGAGAAAGCGUUAUUCAGAGCGCUAAAAACUAGAGGAAAUACGCCCAAAUUCGGGCUGCUCUUCAAUUCCACGUUUAUCGGGCGCGCCGGUGCUAAAGAUAAAGGCAGAAUAUCGAGGUACUUGGCGAAUAAAUGUUCCAUGGCUUCUAGGAUUGAUUGUUUCUUGGAUAUACCGACCAAUGUGUUUGGUGAGAAAUUGAGACAGCAGGUGGAAGACCGACUGAAAUUUUUCGAAACUGGAGAGAUACCCAAGAAGAACAUCGACGUUAUGAAAGAAGCCUUGGAGGAAUCACUGAUUUCUAUAGAAAGAGAAAAUAAAGAAUCUCCUAAGAAGAAAAAAGACAAGAAAAAGAAACGCAAGAUGCUAGAGAAUGGCAAAGAAAAUGAAUACCUGGAGAACAGUCACGCUGAACAGACUGACACACUCCCAUCGAGAAAGAAAAAAAAGUCAAAAUCAAUAUCUAAUGAUUAAAUUAAAAUGUGAACAUUUAACUGUUAUGAUUUUUGUUCUACCUUGAUUUGCCAUUAUUUACCAUAUGCAUACAUCAUUCUUUUAUU